CCAUUAGCACCUGGUACUGACACGACUGACCCACUCGUACCAGAUGAAGUGAGGGUUUCAACAACUCCAGUUGUCGUCCAGAUCAGAGCGAGUUCUCCAACUUUGGUACCGGAACCAGACUCUCCUCUGGAGACUGGGACUGAUGUACCUAGUCACCAUGGUGAUCAUCAGGACAAACAUCAUGUGAAGUUUUUCACCGGUGAUGGAGAGGAGGAAAAAGAGGAGGGGGAGAGGGGAGAUGACGUAAUUGCCGAAGAGAAGGGAGAAGGGGAAGGAGAUGUUGUUGGAGAGAAGGAGAAUAAAGCUCUUGAUUUUGUGGGUGGGUUACAUGAGGUCAAUGUGAAUGAGGUGGUGGUAGAGGGAGAAAGAGGAGGAGGAGGAGGGGAGAUUCAGGCUGGGAGCAUCAUGCAGAGUAUGGAGACCAUCACCGGAAUGAACUUUGACCUCCCCGAGGCCCCACUGCAGUCUCACUCCAGCACACCCACUUCCCCGCUGCUGCCCACUACCAUGGAAACGGUUGCCCUGGGAACCCAAGACGUAAUCGAGGAGGAGGUAAUGAUUGUCGGAGAGGAAAUGGGGGAGUCCCUCCAAUUGCCAGAAGAGCUGAGUGCAGUAGGAGGAACGCCGCUACAGUUGAACGAACCAGCCAGAACCGAAGAAGAAGAGGAAAUGAAUACCGUGGGUGGGCUUCAAUUGGAGAUGAAUGGGCUCAAGUCACAGGGCUCUGGAGGGGAUGGGGCGCAUCUCCUGGAUGUGAGGGAGGCUGGAGUUGGUCCUCCAUCCACCUCCCCUCUCUCUCCCCCUGCUGUAGAGGUGUCCUCCACUCCAUCUGCCAUACCCACUCACCUCUCCGACCCCCUCAUCUCCCUCCCUCUCCCUCCUCCCCAAUUCACAUCCUCACAUCUCCACGGAGACGGGGAAGAAGAGUCCCAAACUCUAGGCGGAGAAGGAGUGGGUGAUAUUGGUCCGGAGCCCAGGGUUCUCCCCCCUGUCCCAUCGCCCUACCCGGAGGAGGUGGCAGGAGUGAAGGAGGCUCUGUACACGGCCUGGGUCCCGAGUCCCUGGACUCUGGGGCUCCUGUCUCGCCAGACACCAGUGGACCAGUCUCACCUCACCUGCCCCGGGCUGGUGGCAGACAUCAAGAUGCACGAUCCAAUAGCAGAGUUGCUGGCAGCCCAUUUCCCCGCAGAGUCCCGCAAGACUCUGCCAUCAAUGGAGAGUGUUGCCAUGGACAUGGCCGGCCUCCGCAGACUCGUGAGAGAGGGAUGCUACCACGCAGCACUGGAGCUAACUGGGAGGUUCCUGUCGGCUCACGGUCAGGGUCUCGGUCAGGCCGGCCAGCCCAGUCUCCACACACACAAGACCCUACAGAUGUGGGGAGCGAGACUGGCUCUCCUGGUGGUGAUGCAGCAGUUCAGGGAGGCCGAGGUCGAGAUGGAGGCAUUUGGCGAACUGGUGAACCCUGACCUCUUCUACAUACCACACCACAACUACACCGACAAGACCGUC